GAAUUUGUCAUUCGCAAGAGAAGGUAAUGCAAUAAAACUUUUGCGCGCGCAUUUCUCUCAGUACAUAACGGUAGCGCUUCGUGUGUUCGUGUGUGUCUGUGUGGGUGGGCUAAAAAAAUAGCACUCGUUAGCGACCGCUCGCUCGCUCACACGCAGUCGUCGCCUAGCACCAUCUCGCUCUCAGUCGAUUCCCAUUCGAAUGCAAUUCGUUUCGUUGAUUUCUCCGAUUCGCGAACGAGAGGGGGAAGAAGAACCAGUCGAAGGCGAAGAAGCAGAGGCAGCGACGCCACCGUCGCCGUCGCAGCGGAGUAGCUGCCAUCUCUCAAUCUCUGAGUGACAAUCCGUCGGUACGGUACUCGAAAACGGACACAGCUCCGGUUUCCAAAACUGCAGUACGAAAACGGUUAUUCGAACUCGAUUAACACACGCGGGCAAUCGGAGUAAAUAACUUGAAAUAUUGAAAGUACAUACAUAUAUUUCACAGCGAAAAUUCAAAAAUCAAAGUGCGCGAGUGCCUUGUGUGAGUGCUGUUGAGUUUUAAAAUUACUUUUAGACCUCCUUAAAGAAAAGAAAAACGCCAAAUUAACGAAUCGAUUAAAAAGUAAACAAACAAAAGUGUCGGCCAUGAUGAAGUAUGGAUUCUGUGACAAGUGAACAGAGUGAAAAUAACAACAAUAAAUCGGGCGCAAUAAAUAAUAAUAACGCAAUAAAUAGUGGUAUUGAAAGAGCCGCGAGCAAAAUGAACACCACCGCCAUGUUGAUGCAUCACCAGCAGCAGCAGCAGGCGGCCGCAGCAGCAGCAGCAGCAGCAGCCGCAGCAGCCCAGCAGCAGCAGCAACACAAUGGACGCGAUGGCAGCAAUAGUUCGCGUGGUGCCAACGAGGAUCGUCCAAACGGCCGGAGUUCGCACACAGGACGAGGAUCCAGCUGCUCGCCGGCCAGCUCCCCAAGUCGUCAUCCCAGUGCCGUGAGUCCGGUUAGCUCGCUCAACCACUCCAUGAUGCAGCAGAUGCAGCAGCAGCAGCAGCAGCAACAGCAGCAACAGCAGCAGCAACAGCAGCAGCAGCAGCAGCAACACCAUCAGCUUAGCCCCCCGCCACAUGGAAUGCCAUCGGGCAACGGUUUGCCGACGGGUCUGCCACCCAGAAUGCCACAUGGACUGCCGCCCCAUUCGCUGGGGCUACUCAACUCCCUGCAGAUGAUGCACCAUGCCUCCCCCUUGGAACUGAUGGCCGCCGCCCAUCACCAUGUGCCACCCAGAUCGUACAAUUCACCGCCGCCGAUCUCCACCUCGGAUCCCAGUGCCAACGAGUGCAAACUGGUGGAGUAUCGGGGUCAGAAGGUCGCCGCAUUCAUAAUCAGCAACGAAACCAUGCUCUGCCUGCCGCAGGCCUUUGAACUCUUCCUGAAGCACUUGGUCGGCGGCCUGCACACGGUCUAUACCAAACUGAAGCGCCUGGACAUCGUACCGCUCGUCUGCAAUGUGGAACAGGUGCGCAUAUUGCGCGGCUUGGGCGCCAUCCAGCCGGGCGUCAAUCGCUGCAAGUUGCUCUGCUGCAAGGACUUCGACAUCCUCUACAGGGACUGCACCACGGCCAGAUGCCUAUCGAUCAAGCCACCAGAAAGUAACUCUCUGCAAUUCCGCAGUUCCAGACCGGGUAGACCGCCCAAAAGGGGACCCGUGGGGCUUUCCCUGCCGCCCACUCAUCUAUCGCAGCAUCCGCAGCUGAAGAAGCAUCGCCUGGACAACGGGGACUAUGCCUAUGAAAAUGGGCACAUAAGUGAUAUGAAGUCGCCGCUUCUGGCCAACGGCUACAAUCCGCCGCCCAUCAAUCACAUGGCCUUCAUGCAGAUGAACGCCCACCAUCCGGGCGCGGCGGCACUCAUGUCGCCGGGAAUGCCGCCCCACGGAUUGCACGCCCGUCCCGAAAGCCAGAUGCUCAAGGCCGCUGCCCAGAACGCCGGAAUGUCGGCGGCCAAUAUGGACGCCCUGGCCAGAUCCGGCAUCUGGGAGAAUUGCCGUGCCGCCUACGAGGACAUCGUCAAGCAUUUGGAGCGAUUGCGCGAGGAGCGAACGGAUGAGCGCCAGCAGGCGAUGGGUGUGGCCGGUGCGGUGGUCGAUCGGGUGGGCAAUGUGAUGGUGGCCGAGCACAAGCCCAGGGAUCUCAGCUCCAGGAACUGCUCUCCCACGCGCCAGAGUCCGGUGCUGAAUCUGAGCAAGUCCGGCGGAAAUACAGACCACGGCGGCAGCAACUGCGACGCGGGCAGCGAGCGCAGUGACUGCCACUCGGUGGCAGGAUCACCGGGCAGGGGUGGCUCCCGCAGCCUGGACGAGGGCAGUCGCAGUGGCGGCGCCGGUGGCGUGGCCUCCCAUGUGGGCGGCGGCAUUAUCGGGGUCGAGGACGAUGAUGAGGAGGAGGAGAACCUGAGCGACGAGAACCAAUCCGAAGUCGAUGAACGCUGCCUGGCCAAAGAUGACGAAGAUUUGAGUGACACGGAACGUGAUAAUCUGUCCACGGGCUCGGCGGCCGCUGCAGCGGCUGCAGCGGCAGCUGCCGCACACCAGCUCCACCAGCACGCCGCCUCGCACCACCACCAAACGGUGGGUCUCUCCCACCUGGGUGUGGUGCCACCACACCAGCGGGGCUCCCCCACAUCGGCGGAGGCGGCCGCCGCCGCCCUUCAGCACCAAAGAGCCUUGAACUACUCCCAAUUGGCCGCAGCUGCCGCAGUGGCCAAUGGGGCGGCGGUGGGCGGUGGUGCGGUGGCCAAUGGGCCGAACGGCGGCGGUGGCGCCCUGACCCCCAACGAGGCGCUCCUGGCCGCCAACGAUGCGGCCGCCCUUGCCGGCGGUCUGGCCCUGGGCCCCUUGGGCAUCGAUGCCCAUGCCGCCAGCCAUGUGCCAGCCAGCUCCACGGAAACCCUGCUCAGGAACAUCCAGAGCCUGCUCAAGGUGGCCGCCGAUAAUGCCAGGCAGCAGGAGCGGCAAAUCAGCUACGAAAAGGCUGAGCUCAAGAUGGAUGUUUUGAGGGAACGCGAAGUGAAGGAUUCGUUGGAACGUCAGCUGGUUGAUGAACGUAAACUGAGAGUGCUCUACCAGAAGCGCUUCCGACGCGAGCGGAAGAUCCGCAUCCGCUAUCAGCAGCAACUUGGCGGUGGCAGCGGCGCUGUGAAGGGCAGUCCGAAUGCCAAUGGGAGCGGGGGCGGUGGAUCGGGAUCGGCGUGCAGUGAGUCGGAGGCGUGUGGCGGCGGUGGCGGUGAUCCCAAGUGCAACAACAACAACAACAACAAUAAUAAUAACAACAACAAUAACAAUAGUAACAGCAGCAGCCACGGCGGCGACGCGGAGACAAUGAAAGAAAACGAUGCUGGCAGCGAAAAAUCGGACAAGUCGCUGGCCUCCAAUUCAUCCUGUGAUGUGACCGCCGGACAUUCGGCUGGCUCCGUAUCCGGUUCCAUAUCCGCCGGCCUCAACUGCCCGGACUCCCCCACCCACUUCAAACGGGAGCCGCACUCCGAUCACGAGGGCUCCGUGGAGCGCCAACCGCGAUCCUCAGCCGCCUCACUGGCCGCCCACGACGAGGACAACUCAAAAAGAUGCGGCAGCCGCGAUCGGGACGAGCGACCGCCCAGCGGAUCAGCUGCCUCUGUUGCAGCAGAGGGCAGCCUGGCUGCUGCAGCAGCGGCCGCCGCAGCAGCAGCGGCAGCAGCAGCCACCAAUGGAAAGGGUCCGUGGAGCUAUCCCGGCAUCGACCUGAUGGCCACCGGCGCCUUCUGGCAGAACUAUUCCGAAUCCCUGGCCCAAGAGCUGGAAAUGGAGCGCAAGAGCCGUGCCGCCAACGCCGAGCGGGAUGUGAAAAGUCCGCUGUCGGAACGGCCGACGGCUUACUACAAGAACUCCGUGCUCUUCGGCAGCGCCAACUGAACACCUGGACAGGUGAGGUGGUGAGGUGGCAAGGUGCAAGGUGCAAGGUGGCAAGGAUUUAUUUGAUCUCAGAGUGCAAUCCCAAACGGCGACGGCUCUUGAGUGGGAGUGGAUCGAUGAAGUGAAAGUGUGUACAUACCUAAGAUGAAAGAUGAAUGAGGAAUGAUGAAUGAGGAAUGAUGCAAAGUAGGAGUUUUGAGAACGUUGCAAGCAGAACGUGGCAGCGGCCAUUUUGUACAUAGAGAAAGUAGUGAAAAGAUGCAGAACUUCCGAUAUCCCUUAUAGAGUGCUUAGAUGCGUUAGCGAGCAGUUUGUAAGCUUAUAGUAACGUUGUAUAUAUAGCAGCCGAUACGAAAGACUUUUUAAUGAAUUGAAAAACGAUAAGCUGAACACCCGUCAAAAUAAGGCAGUUGGGCAUACCUAGCAUUUAACUUCCCCGAAAAGAAACCAUUUUUAGCAUUGCUUAUAAACCCUUUACGAUGUAGCUUCAAUUCGAGUAUAUUAAUGUAACAGAAAUAUAUAAUAUAUAAAGUAAUACGUAGAUAUUUAGGAAGUACAGAAAUAAAUCGAACGAGCCGCUUUUUAGUGUUUUAAAUGAUGGAAGCAAAUUUGAUUUAUUUUACGAUGUAGUUUUUCUAUUGAUAAGCAUUUAAUUUAUUCACUAGCCUAGCAGGAGUGCAGUAAGUCCGUAAUACUAAAAAUUAGCAUAUACAAAAAAAAUUAACUUCAAGUAUUUCACUUGCCUAGGCGAUAAACAAUAAUUCAUAUUAUAUAUAUCAAAUAAAAAAAUAUUAAUAAUAAAUGCUACACAAAAGAAAAUUGUAUGCUCGUUGCAAAAGCAAAACAAAAAAACAUAAUGAAGGAAAAAUGAUCAAAAAUUGACAUUAAAAACUAUUUAAACGCUUCAUAUGCUAUUAUAUAUACACCCUAUAUAUAUACACACAUUAACUUUAGUCAUAACAAUAGUCAAAGAACAAAUAAUUCCGCGAAUCAGCAAACAACAAUAACGGUUCAAAUAUUGUGCAACAUCUCGCCGCUCGCAGUGAAAACACAGAAAUUAUUAUAAUAAAUACGAUUAAAAUAAUACAGCAGCCGACAACCGACAGACAAAACCAACACCAACAACCAAGCGAAAAAGUUUAAAAAUAAUAUAUAAUAAUAAAUUAUUAUUG